AUGGUGGUUUCUCUGUCUUUGCUGGUGUUGGAGAACAUACUAGGGAGGAUAAUGAUCUCUACAGGUGCCCAUGCCCGUGUUGGCCUAACUGGUCUUACUGUUGUUGAGAACUUCCAAGGUGCUGAAGAGCAAGAUGUGCUUCUCUUCAUUGAUUACAUAUUCCGUUCCACACAAGCAAACUCUGAGGCUACUACUUCAUCUCAAAAAGUUCGGUCUUCUUCAAAAAGUGUGUGGGAGAUGGACAACAGGCAGCAACAAAGUCAAGAGCUGCCUCUGGUGCCAGUGGAAGAGAUUCCAUUGGUGGCAACCCCUAUUGCGGUGGUGGGUAAUGAGGUUCAUAAUGGGAAUGUGGGAAGUUGUCUUGAUCAAUCCAAAGAGUUGGGAAAUAGUGGUGUAAGCCCCAAGCAAAUGAGGAGAAGCAACGGAGAAGUCUUGUUAGGAAACAAGGGGAAAGCGAGUUCAUCAGCCGCGGGGGUAGGCAAGGACAGUAAGUCUGAAACUAAUNAUUGA